AUUUGAAUCGCUGAUUUUACUGUCUACUGCCUGGCAGCCUUAAACUAGAACUGACAUUUCGCCGUGACUGAAUGCGGUAAAAAAGUGCAAACAAGGCAAAUUCGUAGAAAUUUAUUAUUUUUGAUUCCAAUCAGAAAUCAUGCAUACGGAUUUAUCUCCUCAUCUGCAUACGUCCGAGUGCAAUCAACUAAUCGAACAACUCGCCACUUGUCAUACAGAGAACAAAUUUAUCAAAUUUUUAGGUGUCUGCAACGAGUUUGACUCUCAGUUAGUGAAGUGUUUGAAGCGCGAACGCCAAGCGCGUGCUGCUGCUAAUCGUGUUAAAGCGGCUGAGCGACAAAAGCUCGUAAGGGAGCGCAUGCUUUCUUCAUAA